GGACGCUGCAUCGCCAUGUUGGCGAAUUUUUCGCGCAGCCGAUAGGUGUCCGGUGAUCGCCGCGCGCAAGCUUCGGCUCGGCGAUAAAACGUCAUGGGUACCUCUGGAUCCUGCAAAAACCAGUGGAAAUCGAGUGUCCCGCGUCCUCCUCGGCCUCGUCGUCGCGGAAGAGCGGAGAACAGAGCGACGAGGCUGAAAGAAGCCGAGAAGAGCCGGAGUCCGAAUAUAGAUGGAAUAUGGGGUCAGAAGCCGCGCGCUCGAGGCCGGAGCGACCUCGCCAGCCUCGACGAGCAGCGGCGCCGGGAACGGAGCUGCUAGCUGGCUCGAGUCCGCAGCCGCCGCCGUUUACGGUGCCCACCCUCUGGCCGCUGCGGUGUACCCCUUGCCGGCAGCUGCCCUCAUCCUGAACUCGUUGCACGCGCUCCAGUCGAAUGCGGCCGCGGCGGCGAUGGAGCUCGUCUGGAAAUCCGGCAAACGGCAGCCGCCCGACGACUUGGAUCCCGACGACGAGGAUGACGAGUCCACGGCCGAAGAAGGGGACAAGAGGAAGAGGAAGAAGAGGCGCAGGACGCGACGCAGGGAACGAGGUGGCGCAGACAGCGAGGAAGAGCCGGAGCCUGACCGCGCCGCGGUUGAGGAGGAGGCCGAGGAGAACCGAAGCGCGGAGGAGAACGACGGCAGCGCCGAGAGCUGGAGGGACACGCAGAUGCCCAUACUGAGCAGCUGGAUGCUAGACGCAUACACCUCGAUGCUAGGCAGGUUGUCAGCGGCUACGGCCGCCCUCGAGGCCACCGACGUACGAUCGAAUCCCAGCUCGGACAACGAGUCGGAGAGCGAUCGCUCGUCCUGCACCGACAUGUUAUCAAGGGAAAGCAGCCCAAGCAGUAGAAGCGUCCGGAAACAGCCAUGCCCGCCAACAUCGAAUCCAGCCUCGCGAGCAAAGAAGAAACGCCCGAACAACGGCAGCAGCAAAGCUCGAGCAAAAGCCAACGGCAACAGUAAUGGCAGCAAUGCCAACAAGGAAUCUUCGGAAGCCGCGAACACGGACGGCUCCUCCAGCUCCUCUCAGGGCAAGAAACGUUCGUUGGCAUUACAGCGCGUCAGGUAUAGGUACGAAAGAGAGGAGUACCGCUGCUCGUUGUGCUCUUACGCGUGCACCAUCGAGAAGGCCUUUCAGAGGCAUCUACGAGCCCACGCCAGGGGCACCGCCACCGAGAGCAGGGUGAGCUGCGCUGUUUGCGGCGCCGACCGCUCCUCCGAGGUUGACCUCAGCAAGCACAUGCGUCGACACCGAGACAAUCGUUAUUUCUGCUGCGACAUCUGCAUCUUUCGCACCGUCCAGCUGAAGAAGUUGAUCCAGCACCGUCGAAUGCACACCGGUGAAAAGCCCCACCUCUGCCCGCACUGCGCCUACAGAAGCGCUCGCCGCGACAAUCUGCGCAGUCACGUUCGUCGCGUUCACAAGAAGGAGAACCUCUACUGCGACACCUUCAGUCCCCGCGGAAUGUUCAUCGCCCCGAAGGUUCAGCAAUCACCUGACGACCGGCAGCAGUCCCAGCAGUCCCAGCAGUCCCAGCAGUCCCAGCAGUCCCAGCAGUCCCAGCAGCCGGAGCAGCCGAUGCUCGAGAACGACGAGGAGGAAGAGGAGGAG